CUCCGGAGCUGCAAGUGCUCCUUGGUUUUAACGCAUGGCGGGUACGAGGGGGGUCCCCGCUGCAGGUGUCCCCUCGACAGCUCUUCCUUCAUCUAGGGGUGAAGAGAUGACAAAUGUUAGGGCUCUCUGGACCCCACGGUGGCCGCCCCCCCCCACACCACUCUGUGACUCUAUGCACAUAGCCGGGGGUGCGGCUCCGAGCUGCUCGCUAGCCAGGCCUGGCAUUUCCACCGCUAAUUUCUGGUCGUGGUUGGGUCCCCCCAGUCCCCAUGGGAGGGUAGGUCAUGCCUACCUGAGACCUGCGGUUCUGGCGACUGGGCUCAGUGGGGCGGGUGGCCGAACAGGUUCUCACAUCUCUGCCUGUUUUCCUGCACAGAGGCCCCCCCCCGCCGCGCUUCCCUGCCCACCAUGGCCAAGCCCACAAGCAAAGAUUCAGGCUUGAAGGAGAAGUUCAAGAUUCUCCUGGGCCUGGGAACACCAAGGCCACAUCCCAGGUCUGCAGAGGGCAGACAGACGGAGUUUAUCAUCACAGCAGAAAUCCUGAGAGAACUGAGUGUCGAGUGUGGUCUGAACAAUCGCAUCCGGGUCAUAGGGCAGAUCUGUGAAGUAGCAAAAACUAAGAAGUUUGAGGAGCAUGCCGUGGAAGCACUGUGGAAAGCUGUCGCGGACUUGCUGCAGCCAGACCGGCCACCAGAGGCACGACAUGCAGUGCUGGCCCUGCUCAAGGCCAUCGUGCAGGGCCAGGGUGACCGCCUGGGUGUGCUCCGUGCCCUCUUCUUCAAGGUCAUAAAGGAUUACCCUUCGAACAAAGACUUGCACGAAAGGCUGGAAGUGUUCAAGGCCCUGACGGACAAUGGGAGACACAUAACCUACUUGGAAGAAGAGCUGGCUGAGUUUGUCCUGCAGUGGAUGGAUGUGGGCUUAUCCUCAGAAUUCCUGCUGGUGCUUGUGAACCUGGUCAAGUUCAACAGCUGUUACCUUGAUGAAUACAUCGCAUCCAUGGUUCACAUGAUCUGUCUGUUGUGCAUCCGGACCUCGUCCUCCGUGGACAUAGAGGUGUCCCUGCAGGUGCUGGAUGCCGUGGUCUGCUACAACUGCCUGCCUGCCGCGAGCCUGCCCCUAUUCAUUGUCACAUUGUGCCGCACCGUCAACGUCAAGGAGCUCUGCGAGCCCUGCUGGAAGCUGAUGCGUAACCUCCUGGGAACCCACCUGGGCCACAGUGCCAUCUACAACAUGUGCCGCAUCAUGGAGGACAGAGCCUAUAUGGAGGAUGCCCCGCUGCUGAGAGGAGCUGUGUUCUUUGUCGGCAUGGCGCUGUGGGGGGCCCACCGACUCUACUCCCUCAAGAACUCCCCUACAUCUGUGCUGCCGUCGUUUUAUGAGGCCAUGACCUGCCCCAAUGAGGUGGUGUCCUACGAAAUCGUCCUCUCUAUCACCAGACUCAUCAAGAAGUACAGGAAGGAGCUGCAGGCUGUGACGUGGGACAUCCUGCUGAGCAUCAUCGAACGUCUGCUCCAGCAGCUCCUGACCCUCGAGAGUCAGGAGCUCAGAGCCAUCGUGCAUGACCUGCUGACGACGGUGGAGGAGCUGUGUGACCAGAAUGAGUUCCACGGCUCACAGGAGAGAUACUUUGAGCUCAUUGAGCGAUGCGCCGACCAGAGACCUGAGUCCUCCCUCUUGAACCUGAUAUCCUACAGGGCACAGUCCAUCCACCCAGCCAAGGAUGACUGGAUCCACAACCUGCAGCAGUUAAUGGAGAGGUUCUUCAGGAACGAGUCCCGCAGUGCUGUGCGCAUCAAGGUGCUGGACAUCCUGUCCUUUGUGCUGCUUAUCAACCGGCAGUUCUAUGAGGAGGAGCUGAUCAACUCAGUGGUCAUCUCCCAACUCUCCCACAUUCCAGAAGACAGAGACCCACAGGUCCGCAAGCUGGCCACCCAGUUGCUGGUGGACCUGGCGGAAGGCUGCCACACCCACCACUUCAAUAAUCUUCUGGACAUCAUUGAGAAAGUGAUUGCUCGCUCCCUGUUCCCUCCUCCUGAGCUAGAAGAAAGAGAUGUGCCUGCGUACUCGGCCUCCUUGGAGGAUGUGAAGACUGCGGUCCUGGGGCUCCUGGUCAUCCUUCAGACCAAGCUCUACACUUUGCCUGCCAGCCAUGCAGCACGGGUAUACGAGAUGCUUGUCCACCACAUCCAGCUGCACUACAAGCACAUGUACACCUUGCCCAUUGCCAGCAGCAUCCGGCUUCAGGCCUUUGACUUCCUGCUGCUGCUCCGGGCAGAUGCACUACACCGCCUGGGCCUGCCUAACAAGGAUGGUGCUGUACGGUUCAGCUCCUACUGCCUCUGUGACCACAUGGAGCCAGAGCACGGCUUGGAGAAGAAGGCCAGUGGCCCCGUCUCGCCUCCCACGGGGCCUACCGUCCCAGCACCUGCAGGCCCCACUGUGCGGCUUGGCUAUCUGCCCUACUCCUUGCUCUUCCAAGUCCUGCUGCAGUGUCUGAAGCAGGAGACGGACUGGAAGGUGCUGAAGCUGGUACUCAGCAAGCUGCCGGAGUCCCUGCGCUACAAGGUCCUCAUCUUCACAUCCCCCUGCAGCGUCGACCAGCUGUCCUCUGCCCUCUGCUCCAUGCUUUCAGGUCCCAAGACCCUGGAACGACUCCGAGGCACACCAGAGGGCUUCUCUAGAACCGACUUACACUUGGCAGUGGUUCCAGUGUUGACAGCACUGAUCUCUUACCAUAACUACCUGGACAAAACCAAACAGCGCGAGAUGGUGUACUGCUUGGAGCAAGGCCUCAUCUACCGCUGUGCCAGCCAAUGUGUGGUGGCCCUGGCUGUGUGCAGUGUGGAGAUGCCUGACGUCAUCAUCAAGGCACUGCCCGUACUGAUUGUAAAGCUCACGCACAUCUCGGCCACAGCCAGCAUGGCCAUCCCGCUGCUCGAGUUCCUGUCGACUCUGGCCCGGCUGCCGCAUCUCUACAGGAACUUUGCUGCCGAGCAGUACGCCAGCGUUUUCGCCAUUUCACUGCCCUACACCAACCCAUCCAAAUUCAAUCAGUAUAUUGUGUGCCUGGCCCACCACGUGAUAGCCAUGUGGUUCAUUCGGUGCCGCCUGCCCUUCCGGAAAGAUUUUGUUCCGUAUAUCACUAAGGGCCUUCGCUCCAAUGUCCUCCUGUCUUUUGAUGACACCCCCGAGAAGGACAGCUUCAGGGCACGGAGCACCAGUCUCAACGAGAGGCCCAAAAGUUUAAAGAUAGCCAGGCCCCCCAAACAAGACUUGAGUAAUUCUCCACUCGUGAAAGAAUGCAAGGAGAGCUGUGCAUCCGAGGCCUUCCAGUGCCACAGCAUCAGUGUGUCUGAACAGGUGGUCUGCAGUAGGAUCCAGACCUCCUUCACCAGUGCCAGCUUGGGUUCUGCAGACGAAAACUCGAUGGCCCAGGCAGACGACAACCUGAAAAAUCUCCACCUGGAGCUCACCGAGACGUGCCUGGACAUGAUGGCCAGAUACGUGUUCUCCAACUUCACAGCUGUCCCCAAGAGGUCUCCCGUGGGAGAAUUCCUCCUGGCUGGAGGCAGGACCAAAACCUGGCUGGUGGGGAACAAGCUGGUUACCGUAACGACGAGUGUGGGAACUGGCACACGGUCGCUGCUGGGCCUAGACCCAGGCGAGCUGCAGGGUGGCUCAGAGCUUAGCUCCAGCCCUGGUGUACACGUGAGGCAGACGAAAGAGGCGCCAGCCAAGCUGGAGUCCCAGGCUGGGGUACAGGUGUGCCGCAGGGCCCGGGACCGGGUCCGCUCCAUGUCAGGUGGCCAUGGCCUGCGCGUGGGAGCCCUGGACACUCUAGCCUCCUACUUCCCUGGAGGCCCUAUUUGUCCAGGGCCGCAGACCAUGCCGGUCGUGAAGCCUCAGAAAGCCUCAGCGAGCACCCAGAUGCCAGUGCCAAAGGAAAAGACAAACCUGGCUGCCUACGUGCCCCUCCUGACCCAGGGCUGGGCUGAGAUCCUGGUCCGGAGGCCCACAGGGAACACCAGUUGGUUGAUGAGCCUGGAGAAUCCACUAAGCCCUUUCUCUUCGGACAUCAACAAUAUGCCACUGCAGGAGUUGUCCAAUGCUCUCAUGGCCGCUGAGCGCUUCAAGGAGCACCGUGACACGGCCCUGUACAAGUCAUUGUCGGUGCCAGUGGCCAGCGCCUCCAAGCCCUCCCUCCUGCCCCGCUCCAACACAGACUCCCCGGGGGUUCUGGAGGAAGGAUGUGCAGGUGAGAUGAACUUGUCCACUGAGCUUCCUGAGCUUGAGGACUUCAAGGCAGCCUCAGGUUCAGACAGGCGCUCCCAGCGUACCGAUGCUUACAGUAGGUCAUCUUCGAUCUCCAGCCAAGAGGAGAAGCAGCUGUGUGCAGAGGAGCUGGCUGCCAGGGGAAUCCCCAUUGAGCAGGUGGUGUCCUCCAGGGGUGGCCAGCCCUGUGUGGACCUCUCCUUUCAGCCCUCGCAGCCUCUAAGCAAAUCCAGCUCCUCACCCGAACUGCAGACCUUGCAGGACAUCUUUGGGGACGCUGGGGACAAGGCCGAUGGAGGCUGGCUGAGCCCUGAGGCCAAGGCCCGGUGGCAGUCGGGGACCCUGGAUGGGGAGUGUGCUGCCUGGCUGGCUCCAGGUGAGGAGGGCCGGGCCCAUGCCCCAGCCCAGCACGAGGGCUCACUGCCCUGCAGCUCCCCACGCUCCCCACACGGCCUGCGGCCCCGAGGCUACACCAUUUCCGACCCAGUCCAGUUGCGCAGGGGCAAGACAGUGGAGAGAGACACCUCCAACAGCCGAGCUGCUGCCUCCAACGCGGAGAAGGUGCCAGGCAUCAACCCCAGCUUUGUGUUCCUGCAGCUCUACCACUCGCCCUUCUUUGGGGACGAGUCCAACAAGCCAAUUCUGUUACCCAACGAGUCCUUCGAGCGCUCGGUGCAGCUCCUUGACCAGAUCCCUUCGUAUGACACACACAAGAUCGCUGUUUUGUACGUGGGAGAGGGCCAGAGCAACAGUGAGCUCGCCAUCCUCUCCAACGAGCACGGCUCCUACAGGUAUACAGAAUUCCUGACGGGCCUGGGCAAGCUCAUUGAGCUCAAGGACUGCCAGCCUGACAAGGUGUACCUGGGUGGCUUGGAUGUGGGCGGCGAGGACGGCCAGUUCACCUACUGCUGGCAUGAUGACAUCAUGCAAGCAGUCUUUCACAUCGCCACCCUGAUGCCCACCAAGGAUGGGGACAAGCACCGCUGUGACAAGAAGCGCCACCUGGGCAAUGACUUUGUGUCCAUUGUCUACAACGACUCUGGCGAGGACUUCAGGCUGGGCACCAUCAAGGGCCAGUUCAACUUCGUGCAUGUGAUUAUCACUCCUCUGGACUAUGAGUGCAACCUGGUCUCACUCCAGUGCCGGAAAGACAUGGAGGGCCUGGUGGACACCAGUAUGGCCAAGAUCGUGUCUGACUGUAACCUGCCCUUCGUGGCCCGCCAGAUGGCCUUGCAUGCCAACAUGGCCUCCCAGGUCCACCACAGCCGCUCUAACCCCACUGACAUCUACCCUUCCAAGUGGAUUGCCCGGCUCCGCCACAUCAAGCGGCUACGUCACCGGAUCCGGGAGGAAGCCAAUUACCUGAACCCUAGCCUGCCUCUGGUGCAGAUGCAUCCUCCGGCCAACACCAAGGCCCCUGCAGAGGCCACACCCACCUAUGAAACCGGCCAGAGAAAGCGCCUCAUCUCCUCAGUAGACGACUUCACAGAAUUUGUGUGAUGCUAGGUUGUGGGUGGAUGCCUGGUCCUGUCAGGGCUGAUGAGAUACCUCCCUCCCGUCCCACCCUGGGCACCUUGUGGCCACUUCAGCCUCCCACCCCCUACAUGGCCCAGUUUCUUCUCCUGGGCAAAUGAAAUAAAGGGGCCAUGCAGCCCACGGCUGUCACUGUGCCCAGACACACAGGUAGCAGU